AUGGACUCCAGCCAGACGACGCGACCAGCAUCCCAGCUGGUUGCUGGAUUUGCCUCGCCUUCGACCCCGGCGAGUGCGAGGAGAUCGUUCAGACGCUCCGUUAACCCCGUCCAUCCCCAUCCCCAACCACAACAACCAUUACAUGAUGCGGAGAAAGAUGAAUUGCGGGUGCAAGUGAGCACUCUCAAAUACGAACUAGAGAAUAUCAAACAGGAGCAAGAGCUGCAACUCCUGCAGCAUGAGAAAGAGACCCGGGAGAUUCAAGUCAAAGCAGAUGCAGACUUCAGGAAAGCGCAGGCAGCCGAAACCGCAAGCAAUCGUGCUAUCCAUAAGAGCGAUACCCUGGCAAAGGAAUUGAAAGAAGCGCAAGAGUUGGCCCUUACAGAGAAAACGAGCCUCGAGCGCAAAAUCAGAACUCUACAAGACGAAAAGCAAAACUUGCAGGAGGAGCUCGAUGAUUCGCAAGCGCAGUUAUCUGACCACGAGCGGCAAUUUAAAUAUCAGAUAAAUGAGCUGGAAACCGUUCGGGCAUCGCUUCAGAAGACCAUCGAGGAGCUUCAAGCCGAUCUUCAAGCGGCUCGCAAUUCCCAACAAAGCACCCAAGAUAAACUGAACCAACGCGAAUCCGAAGUGGCGGAGCUUGAAUCCGAAAACAUUCGCCUUAAGUCAGAGGGAACCGAUGUCGAGGAAUUAGCUGUUCUAAAGCGGGAACUUUCUGACCAGGUCAGCCACAUUCGUGAAUUGGAGUCGACAAAUCGAGAACAGGGGGCCGAACUCCAAUAUUUGCGAAAAGUCCAGAAGAAUGUCGAGGUGGUUCAAGAGCAAAAGAGAUCGCUCGAGAAUCAAUUGAUGGCGAUGAGGAACCUGGAGGCUGAACUGGGCACCUUGCAAAUUCAGAAGCAGGUCCUCGAAGAUGAACGACAGUCCUGGAAUAGUCUGCUUCAAGAUAGUGAUGGGUCUACCGAUCUCGAUUCCCCGGAGGCGGUAGUGAAGGCACUCGUCCAGGAGCGGAUUGAAACGGCAACUCUGGUUGAUCGACUUGGCAGCAUCGACGCGCAGUCUUUGGAGAAAGAUGAAGCGAUCAAAGCCCUUGAGAACGAGAAGUCAACCCUCCGUCAAGAAAUCGAAAAGCUGCGCACUGCAGCCACUACAGCUGGUUCCGCUGGAACACCCACAGCAGCUGAAGUCCGAGUUCGCUCGCGAUUGGAGCGACAACGUGUUCUGGCAAUUAAGGAAGUGGAAUAUCUCCGUGCCCAGCUCAAGACUUUCGACGAAGAGGAAUUGACCAUGAACGAAGAGAAAAGCUUCGACGAACAAAAAGCCGAGCAGAUCGCGCAGCUUCAGAAAAUUGUGGACGAGUAUCGCGGUGAACUUCAAAAAGCACACGAGGAACUCUCCAAGAGAGAGGAACCACCGCCUCAGGAUGAGAAUCAGGCUCGCGGUACCAAGCGCCCCCUGUCUUCAACCGAGAAUGAUGGCGAGAGCGAGCGACUUGCAGUCCUCACCCGGAAGAACCGCAAACUGCAGGAUUCACUCUCUAAAUCCGAGCAGGCCAUGACCCUCUCGCGCAAGGAGCUGGAGGCAGCGAAAUCUCAGAUCAAGUCUCUCAAAUCCAAAUCUCGUACACGCAUCCUUGAGCUGCGAGAUAAUCCCACUGCCGAGACUGAGAAGAUCAAAAUGUCCACGUUGACAAGCCUCCGCUCAGAGAACCAGGCGCUUCUCGCUCAGCUUCGCGGCGAAAACGCUGGAGUGAAAUCGAUUCCUGUCAGCACACUUGAAAGCCUCAAACUUGAGAUGCAAGACAUGGACCGUGUCAUUGCCGACAAGGAGAAGCGUAUGCGCCGUCUCAAAGAAAUAUGGACAGCCAAGUCCUCCGAAUUCCGUGAAGCCGUGGCCUCUUUGCUUGGUUUCAAGCUCGACUUCCUUCCGAACGGUCGUGUACGAGUUACUUCCAUGUUCCAUCUUUCCUCCGCAUACCGCCAUGGUGAUGGCGAUGAUCCCUCUAAUUCCCGCGGUGCCGGCAGUAUGGGCAACGGCGAAGAGAAUUCUAUUGUCUUUGAUGGUGAAAAUGGCACCAUGAAGAUAUCCGGCGGACCUAACAGUCUCUUCGCCAUGGAGAUAAAGCACUUGAUCAAGUUCUGGGUCGAAGAAAGGAAGGACAUCCCCUGCUUCCUGGCCGCUAUGACUUUAGACUUCUACGAUAAGACAACCAGAGCGGCUAGGAUGUAA